AGGAGCCCAUGGCGCUCAUCGACCCCGUCACCGGACUGCUCAUUCCCAUGCGCGAAUCAGAGGAGGGCCAAUACAUCCCAGUUGCACCUGGGGAGGCGCCAGCGGCGACUGCCACGCCAGCGACAGGAUCAGCGCCAGCACCAACGGCAACGCCCGCGCCCGCGCCCGCGCCUGCGCCUGAUGUUCCGCACAAGCCCGCACCAUCGCCCUCGCCCUCGCCCUGCACGACGCUCGGGCCUGCUGCUACCGCUGCCGCUACCGCCUGCACUACCGCCGACUCUUCCGCCAGCGCCCCCGCGGUUAAGGCGCCUGAGCGGCCGCCUCCAGAGCCUACGGCUCCCGCGCUCGCGUCACUCCCUACGCAGGCCCCGGCCACGACCACAGCCACGGCCGCGGUCCUGGCGCCAGCCCCAGCCCCAGCCCAGGCACCGGCCGCGGUGGUGCCAGUCCGCGCCUCGCCGCCCGUGCAUAGGGUUCCUUUGCCGCAGCCGCCUUCGCCGGCUAUUCAGCCUUUGGCGGCAGCGGCGCCGGCGCUGCACCCACACCCGCACCCGGAGGCGGGCUCGGCCGGCCUUUCCGCGCCGCCGUGGCCUGCGCAGCAGAGCCACGUGCCAGUCAUCGCCGCGCCGUCGGUGCUCGCUGUAGCGGCGCAAGGAGCGCGGAGCGGGCCCGUCAAGACUCCCGCGGGCCCCGCGCGCCCCAUGACUACCCUGAAGGCGCACGUACUGACGCAGGCUGCUAAGGCCAGCCCCACGCUGCUGCACCCACCCCCGCCUCCCGGCGCCGCACUCAAGUCCCCGGUCAUCAAGUCCACCGCCGCGCCCACUUUGGGCUCGAGUGUCGUGGCGACGAAGCCUCGAGAAGUCAUCCAAACACCUUUGCAGCAACAUCAGUCGCCACCACAGCCACCUCUGACACUGUCGGUGGCGAAGAGCGUGUCGAGUGCUGUGCCUAUGACGCCGAAAGCGCAUAUUCUGCAAGCGGUGUCGAAGGUGAACGUACCGGCCGCCGCGCACCAGCUUCCAUCGGUGUCCGUUACCAAAGUGCACCACGUGAUGCCGCCGCACCAGCAGAGCGUGGUGAACAUGAAGGCGGCAGCGCAGACGCCCCUCAACCCCAAGGCGCACCUGCUGCAGGCGGCGACCAAGGCGGCAGUACAGGUGCAGCUGGGCGCCAAGGGGUUGCCCCCCGCCGCCCACCAGGGCCCCGCGCAGGCCGCCAGCCCGCCGCUGCCGCUGGCGCUGCCGCUGCCGCAGCCGCCCAAGGCCCACCACCAGCCCCUGGCCGGCAAGCCCAUCCUGACCGGCGCCGUGGCCAGCCCUCCGCUCAAGCCGCCGCACCUCGCCAGCCAGCCGCCCGUCAUUCCAUCCGGUGUGCCUGCCCAUCUGAGCAGCCACGUAAAGGGACUCAUGGAGCCUCCGAAGGUGGAGGUGACGAUUGGUGGGUGCAUUGUGGUGCCCACACCCAGCCCUCAGAGCAGGCCGCAGGUGCUGCAAGCAGGCUUGCCUGUCCCUGCAUACGAGGCCUCAUUGCAUGCCCAUGGCCAGGCGGGGGUGGUGGCGGAGCUGCUGCCCAACCCGCAGUUUGUGCUGGCGCCGCGGCAGAGUCCCCCGCCGGCGCACCAACACGGUGCCAGUGGCGCCCAGGGCGGCGACGUGGUGCACGGCCACAUGGGCUUCCAGUCUGCGGCGGCGGCGGUGGCGGCGGCGGCGCACGGCGGGCACGGGGCGCACGGCGCGCACGCGCGGCGGCGGCGGCGGCGGCAGCGGCGGCCGGGCGGCCGCACAGCGCUGCGCCAACGACCUGCGCGGCCCCCGCACUACGUGCACCCGCACGCGGCGCACGCCGCCCACGCGGCGCACGUCUACCAGCACUACCUGCGCUCACAUAUCUCGCCCUACUCGCUGCCGCCAGUGCGUUCGCCGAUGCUGCCCGGGAUGGAGCUGAAGGCGGACGGCGACGCGGAGGAGGUGGCGGCGCGUGGCUCCAGCAGCCCCCCGUUGGAGCUUCGGCGCACGGCGGUGGAGGCGGGCGCGGCGACGGCAGGCCCUGUCCCCGGCGCGCCGGUGUCGGCAACGGCGGCAGGCCAACGUUAUCCUGUUAUGUGGCAAGGUCUCCUGGCACUUAAGAAUGACCAGGCAGCAGUUCAAAUGCAUUUUGUAUUUGGAAAUCCUCAUGUGGCAAGAGAUUCCUUGCCUUGUAAUUCAGAUGGCAGCACACCACCUUUGCGAAUUGCUCAGCGUAUGCGUCUCGAGCAGACUCAGGUUGAGGGAGUUGCUCGUAAGAUGCAGAUGGAUAACGAACAUUGUAUGCUACUGGCUCUUCCGUGUGGUCGUGAUCAUAUGGAUGUUCUUCAGCAGAGCAAUAAUUUACAGACAGGAUUUAUUACAUACCUUCAACAGAAGCAAGCUGCAGGCAUUGUGAACAUUGCAGCUCCAGGUUCCCAACAGGCGGCAUACGUUGUUCAUAUUUUCCCAUCAUGUGACUUUGCCAAUGAAAACCUGGCCCGCAUUGCACCAGACUUGCUUCAUCGUGUUGCUGACUUGGCCCAUCUUCUAAUCAUCAUUGCAACAGUUUGAAGUUCCCCUGAUUUGUUCUAUUAGUGAUCUCUUCUCGGAUGUGACAAGUAUCUAAAAUGAAACUCUGAAUGCACCAAAUAAGAACAGGCCUAUGGCUACCAAGAAAUGUCCCUUGAAUAAAAUGUAUAUUAUGGAAAUCCACCGAACUAAGAGUUAAAUGAGAGUUGUCAAAUUUAUUUAGUUUUAAAUACACGUACCAAUUUAUAUUUUAUUUCUUCGGCAUGAAGUAUGCCAUGUAUGUUAGUGUUGGAGGACCUCGAUAUUUUAUGUAAGAAAUGAGAAAGUUUUGUUGUGAUCUAGUCAAAGAAUCCUACUACAUUUUUCUUUAGUGAGAUAAUCUAUAAAAGUUUGUAGUGUUACAACAGUUUUAUGUUCAUAUGUUGAAACAAAAUCGGAAAUAAUUGUUUUUAAUUAUAGUGUAAAUGGGCCAGUUUUUGGCAGAGACAUUGUAAGUUAUACAUAUUGACAACCCAGUCAUCCAACUUUACAAUAGUACAACUGCUGUGUUUUCGUAAAUCGAAUAAAAAAGUUGCGAGUGAACAGCCCUGCACAAGACUUGCAUUUUGUGCAAUCUCAGAUGGACAAGACACUGUUUAAUACAGUUAGAUUUUAUAAACUCGAGUUUUUUCGAUUUCUUUGAACUCUGAUUGGAUUGCAGAGAUGAGAACUGCUAGUGCAGUUGCAUGCAUGUUUCUCUGCCUUUUGUUAACACUGAAGAAACAAUUAAGUGUGGAAGGACAAGAAAGAAAAGCUGAAAGUGAACAUUAAGUACAAGUAUACAUGUUAUCGACUUCACUUUCCAUGUUACUGCAUUGAAUAUGUUGUGGACAUUUUCAUCACUACUGUGUGCCAAGAUUCUCCGGCAUUGGCCAUGGUGUGUUGUCCUCUUGUUCACCAUUUCUUAUGCCCUUACAAAUGCGGUGUGAAAUCAGAAUAAAUGUAAUGUAAUGUGAAUUUCAAUUACUAAUGCGUGUAGCUGCGAGCAAUCAAAACGAAUGAAUAUGUUAAUUACUUGAUGUACAGUCUUGUAAGUAUGUAAUAACACUAUUGUAAAGUUCUUGUUGCAUCUUCAUGAAGAAAGAGAAGAAAUAAUUACAAUGCGAAAGAAAACUAAAAAAAUUGAAAGCUGGACUGAUCUAAUCAUCAUUCAUCAUUGAAGUUUCAGAAUCAUUUCAUUGCCUGUAUAUUUUGUACAUAAAACAUUAUUAUAAUUGUGCAUUGUUGUUUCGACUAUUUUAGUCCAGGUACCUACAAGUGAUACAUUAUAAAUAUAUACAUAUAUGAAUAUAGAAGUGUGUAUAGUAUAUAUGUAUAAUGUAUAUGUGUAUAUAUAUACAUUUUGAUAAUAUCGUUAUCAAAAUAUGUCCUUGUGUAGAUAGCACUGAACACUGCACCCCCCCCCCCCUUCGUCUUCAAGGAAGAUUUUCAAACAUUUCCAAGUAGUGUGGUCUGUACUAAAUUUUCAUUUUUCUCCCCAAUAGCUGGCUUAACUUAAAUGUACGCAAAGGGCAUUGUUGAAAAAAAAAACAAAAAAAAAACAACAACUCGGAAAUGUAAUAUUAUAGUUUGGUGAUGUUUUUCAUUUUUAAUUUAUUUUUUAUUUUUUUAUUUUUUAAAUUUUUAUUCUAUGGUUUUUAUUUUGAAAAUAUUCAGGAUGCAGAUUACUGCUAUGCAGCAAGUUCAUAUCUCCCUCUCUUCUCUCUCUUUCUCUAUAGUGUGUUUUCAAUGUAAGUUUGCUCAAGGUGUACAUCCCCAACCAAGAUUCUAUUUUCAAUUUUGAUUGUGUACAAGUGAAAUCGUUAUAUAUAUUUUUUGAUGUGUACAAAAUGGUUCAAAAAUCGAAUUAAAAAAAAAGACAUGGACACAAUUGAAGUGUUUGAAGAAGGAUUUUUUGCAGCCAACUCACAUCUUGAAGGCCAAACCAUAAAAAUAAAAAAUAUAAAAAAAUGAACUUGUAAAUAUUUUCAGAGACUAUCUUAGGCUGUGAUCUCUCCACAUUAAGUUACUGACUUUUCAUUUGAUAAAAAAAAAAAAAAAAAGAUCGUCCAGUGAUUUAAGUUAUUUGAUGAACAAAAGUAUAAAGUGUUAAUAAAAAUUAAUGGAAAUUAAU